AUGGCGAAGGAGUACCACUAUUAUUCAUUGAAGUUGGCUCUUCUGGUUUCCUGUUCCCUACUUCUCCUUCCCUUCUCUUCUUUUUCUGUCCAGGCACUCAACAUUGGAGUUCAAGCAGCUGGUUCUGAUAUCUCCCUGGGCAAAGAUUGUAGUAGGAAAUGUGAGUCUGAGUUCUGUUCAGUGCCCCCAUUUUUGAGAUAUGGCAAGUAUUGUGGACUUCUAUACAGUGGAUGCCCAGGAGAGAAGCCUUGUGAUGGUCUUGAUGCUUGUUGUAUGAGGCAUGAUGCCUGUGUGCAAGCAAAGAACAAUGACUAUCUAAGUCAAGAAUGCAGUUCAAACUUCAUAAAUUGUAUGAACAAUUUCAAAGCUUUAGGUGAACAUACAUUCAAAGGAAACAAAUGCCAAGCUGAUGAAGUUAUUGAAGUUAUUUCUGUGGUCAUGGAAGCUGCUUUGCUUGCUGGAAGAGCACUUCAUAAGCCAUAG